AUUGAGAGCUUUGGUUGAGUGCGUGUGGUCAAUUCCAUAUGGGGCGAUUUCAGCGACGUCGACCUAGAAGUUUUCGAGGAGGAGCAGGAAGAAAAAGAAGUCGAAGAAGACGAAGAAACGAAGACGAUCUCUUGAUCGGCGGACUCGGCAAACUUAUUCACAUCUAUGGCAACAACCACAUUUUCGGCUUACCUGAGAACCGAGUGGUGAGCCUCGAUCGUCUUCGUCUUGAUGCUGCUCUCACACCUCAAAUUCUGAUCAAGUCGACGAAGCUCUCGUCGAAUCCGUAGUUGACAGUCGGUUUCAAGGAGACGAACACCUUUCCGACAAGAAGUACAGUACUCUGAGAAAUUGUUAUCGACAUUUAUCCAACUUGGCCCACAUCGAUUUAGGAGAGGCGUGAUUGCGGAUACCCUCGUCGCCCGUAGGCUGUGAUAUGUUCAAAUCAAGGCUAAUACACCCCUUGUUAUGGGGCCUAUUUCUCAUAGUGGAAGCAGAGGUGUCCGCCCAACAAAACCGAUGCGGCUUAGUGCCCACCGAGGUAUUUUUGAAGAAGGGUGAACGAAAGCAGCUAAUAUUUUGGACGGAUCAGAACUAUGAAAAUCUCACCACCGCAAUUCCACUUGAGGCUACGACGGAGUCGAGCGAUGGGGUGGACAGCUUUCUGGAGGCCGUCAAUGGGGGGUUGCCCAUACCCUCAACGUCAUCCAACGAUACUGAGUCCUAUCCAGAAUUUCUGGGUCAACCAGAGGUCUCUUUCACUACGACUCUCCCGCCAGAUGAAUCAACAGAACAAGAUACUCCAAUUACAACUACCGCUGAGUCAAUAACGACUGUGAACACGGAAAAAAGUCUGGACACAACCACUGUCCCAAUCGAGACCACCACGCUGGAAAUUGCGGAAACAACCACUGACACCCCAAUCAUGACUACCGUUGUUCCCGACAUUGAAGUCUUUAAUGAACUUAACGUAACCACUGAAAAGAUUUCCAUUCUAAAACCAUCAGCGGUGGUCACGCAACCUCCGGACCUCGAAGGCGAAGUGGUCCAAGUUCUCAUAGCUUCUACUAUUAAAAUGGAAGAUCUCACUACAACCAUGGAGCCGGUUGAAACGACAACCACUCUACACACAACAACCGCGGCAAGUGUUGUAGAAACAACAACUCUGGGAGGAGUGGAGGAAUCCACCGAAGUGGCAGAGAAUACCACCGAUAAAUUGGAAGUGAUCGACGAAUUGGUUACAGAAGAUCAUAUUCAAGAGCAAAUCGCAGAACUCCAAGACGAGAUCCUUCUAGACGACUCUGAAACAGAAGACGAAACUACGACAACGAAGAACGACAUUUCAACCGAAACAUCGUCAGUCUCCGAUCUUCCAACCUCGACCAUUGAAAACUCGGAGACAUCCACCCAGGCAGAAGCAGAAGAAUCUACUAUAAAAGCGGUUGACACUCAAGAAUCCAACGUUUUCGAGACAACAACCUCAAGUGAUGGUGACACUGACGCACCAAUGAUGGAUGCUACUUCACAUGAUGAUUUACAGGUGACCGAAGCAACCACUUGGAAAUUUGAAGACCUUAUCUUAGACGAUGAUACGAAUGAAGAGGGAACUGAAAGCGUGGAACUGGCCUCAAGCGGUUCGACAACUUCUACAGAUAAUGAAACUAUGCCUACAUCUGCCCAAGUGGAACAAUUUGUGACUGAAGCCCCAGCAAAUCUUAUUGAAAUUACCUCCGACGUUUCUGAUGAAGACGCUAAAGAAAAUAAGAUUGAUGCCAAUCUGAUCCCAACUGAGAUCCCAACAACAACAAUGAUAACAACAGAAGAAACUUUAGUGGAUCAAUUACAAGUUACAGAGUCUUCAGUGGUAGCUUUUGAUAGCAUACAUACUGAUACGGAGGAAGCUGCGGAGACCACAACAUAUGGCGACUCUAUAAUUACGCAGACCUCGACCUCAGAUGAUGACGAGGUCAUAACUGAGGCUAGUCAACUAGAGGACUCGAAUGAGAGCAAUGAUCCAGUCGAUGAACUUGAGGACAUUAUUUUAGAUGAUGAUUCUGUAGACUACUCAGAGACAGAAAUUGUAGCGGCUCAUGCUGAAGUCACAAGCUCUAACCAAGAGGAGGCCACUGAAUCGUCAACUACAGUUCAGCUUAAUGGGUCAGAAGCUUCAGCCAAUGAUGCUGUGACAACGGUUUUAUACGAAGAAGGAACCACCAACAUUGAUACGAGCACUGCCGAGACCACGCCCUCCUCCACCGAUAGUUCCACCACCGACGAAGUUAACCCAGAAGAACAACAACUUGGCGAGAUCGAAGCGCCAAUCAUUGAAAUUGUCGAUAUAAUUUUAAAUGAGGAAAUUGCUGGGGAAGAAAUUGCCACACCUAUCCCAAUUGCCACCACAACCGACAACGAAAUUGAGGUCACUACAACAACUCUUGCUUCGACCAUUCAAUCAAAUGAGGCUGAGGAAUUAAUGCCAGAAGAAAUUAUUGAUGGAGAUGCAACAAAGACUACAACUGAAGAAUAUGAAUCAACAACCACUAAAAACACAGUCGUGAGUGAGAUCGAAAUAGGAAUAGUCGAGGUAAACACUCAAUUUCCAUCAAAUGGUAAUUUAGAGGUUGCUGAAGCGCCAACGGAGACCUUUGAUGAUAUAAUUUUGGAUGACGAUUCCUAUGACGACGAUAACGACGAAAAAGAAGUCGCGACAGAAACCCUAGGGUCCACUUUUAUUCCCACUCAUUCGCCCACCUCGAGCGAGUCCCAAACCAAUCAUUUUUUGAAUGAGGAGGGAACGUCAGUACUAACCACGGAGAGCACUUUAGCUCUGGAAUCUGAUUCUGAGGAAGAGCAAAUCAUCACCGAUCACGUCACCGUUACAUCUGUUAAUGAGAUGCCCACCAUUUCUGUCCAAGAAACCACAACAAUUCAAAACAAAGACACGGCAAGUUCCGACCUUGAGGUCACUGCUAUGGAAUCAGCAGAACAGAUGAUUUCUCAGAUGGAAACUACAGAUUCUCCCACAUCUUUCCUUCCUGAGAGUACAACUGAGAGCAAACCAACAGUGACAACAGAAAUCGUGACCACCGAAACCACCGAAAAUGCUGCCAUUGUUAUGGAACAAAAUCUCGGCAACGUGGAAGACGAGAUUCAAUACGACGAUCCCGAGGGAAGCGAGGAACAAGUUACUGGCCAAGCAACCACUGUCGAAGCUGAAACUGAAUCGAUGAAAGAUCAAAGCAUGCUCACAGAACCUUCCACAACCCCGGAAACUACGCCAUCAACAUCUAGCACAGAGACCUUUCCACCAACAGGAUUGCAGGAGAACUCGCAAGAAAGUCUGAAUGUGAAAAACCCCGACGAGAACGCAUUGAACGCUGAUGUUCAAGAAGCUUUUCAGAUCACGGAAGAAGGCUUAGGUGCUGUUUUGGCAAAUAUCAUUAGCAAGAUUCAAGAGGAAGCUUUUGGUUCCGAAAGCAGCGAGGGAGAUGUCUCGGCAGAAACCGAAUUCGCGGUUGAAAUUCGAGAGUCGACCCGAAAUAAAACCCAAGAAGUUGAAGUUUUGUUGCCAAAUGGAGAAAAAGUGGUAGAGAACGUUGCUACAACUACAGUUCCCCCUCAGUCAGAUACCGUCGAGAAGAGCACCGAGCCCAAUAUGGCGAUGACAAAUGACAUUUCAGAAGACAUUCUUUAUGACGACGAGAGUUCGGACAUCGAGAAAACUAUGGUAUUUAUUGUUCCCGACGAUGAGAACAGUCUUUCGCCAUCGGUUUUAAGCAUUCCAGAGCCAGAUGUCAUAACAAAGAAUCUUACCUCAACUCAAGACGAGAUGCCCAACUUGCCGGAGGCUCAGCCUCAAAUCGUGCCUGAUACAGCCAUUAAAACGGGGGUAUUUCAAGACACAACCACGGGAUCGUCAUUGGAUGGACCAUUUUUUGCCCCCGUUGAAUCAGAACCCGUUAGAUUGGAACCUGUAGAGUUUAAGGACACAACCACUGGCUCGCCUUUAGAUGACCCUCAAAAGGCCAAAGAAGACCAAUCAAAACCUAUUUUUGCUGCAAUUGAAUUGGAAGAUGUCGAGGAAGCCUUCGAGUUCAGCUAUACCACUACUGGCUCACCUUUAGACGAUCCUCAAGAGGCCAAAGAAGACCAAUCAAAACCUAUUUUUGCUGCAAUUGAAUUGGAAGAUGUCGAGGAAGCCUUCGAGUUCAGCUAUACCACUACUGGCUCACCUUUAGACGAUCCUCAAGAGGCCAAAGAAGACCAAUCAAAACCAAUUUUUGCUGCAGUUGAAUUGGAAGACAUCGAAGAAGCCUUUGAGUUCACAGACACAACCACUGGCUCGACUUUAGAUAACGAUCCUCAGCAAGAUCGAGAGGACUUCCCAUUGAAUUUUGCUGCCAUUGUGGAAGAGGAGACAAAUAUUGAAUUCACGGAUGCCGCAAGUGGAUCAUCUAAUGACCUUCCAGUUUUUGCUCCAAUUGAGGUGGAUCCAUUGCCAUUUGAGUUUACAGACACCACCACAGGAGCUCCCCUUGUGAAGAAAAUCUCCUCUAACGGUUCAGUUGUUGAUAUCGAUCAGUCCGGUAAAGUUGAUGGUCCGCUCGACCUUGAGAAUAUUCAAUACUACGAUGAUCCCGAGGAUUACCAAUCUGGGUUUUCGGAAGACACAAAGACCAGCUUAUCCCAAAGCAAAUUGGGCACAGCCCAACGAUUGGAUUUGGUUCUAAAUAAACCCAGCGAGGAUUUAGAGAGAAUGACGAGAAAGGAGGAUGAGGACGCCAUUGUUGAUGCACAAGGUCUGCAGGAUUUAAGCCCCUACCAGCCCAAAAUAAACACUAGUGAUCCUGGUUCUCUCCUUACAACCAUUUUGGAUGGCAUUUUAUCUUCCAAGCCAAGACCUCCGCCUCACGCUCCUCAAUUAAGCCAGAGGCGAACCACGGUCAAACCAUUGCCCAUCAUUGUUACUGAAGAAGCUCCUCUAUCCCCCACAACCGAUGAUGGGUUUCCGGUCUCUAAUUUGCUCAAUGGAAUUUACCGAUUGGUUUCCAGCUACAUUACACCCAGACCCACAAUGGAACCUUUCGUAACCGAAUUGGACUUCACUCCACCAGAAUCAACCACGUCCCAAUCGAUUUCACGUCCCAUCAACGUACACAACACCAGGCGAGAGGAUCUAGAUGAAAAAGUGGACAACCAAUAUAGCAAAACUGACCCAUUUGUGCAAUUGCAAGCACCAGAUCUUCGAAUGGAUGGUAAUAGCCACGACCAAGACAUGUUAUUCCCUGUCCCGUUGCCCAAGGAAUCUGUGAGCACAUUUUCGCCUUUCAACUCGCCCGCUUUGAAGAUCCAGAAACCUCCUCAAAUCCAGGGCCCAAGAAACAAAGAAGAAUUGGCAGGGCCCCUACCUAUUUCUGCUCCAGUCGGGGACGUGCCGAAUGCUCAAGAAAUCUUCUAUCCUGGCAACUAUCUGAGAGGGGGCUCGACAUCCCAAAAAGAAACUAAAUCAGCUUCAAAGCCCAAGAUUGGGCCCUCUUCGGCGCCUUAUCUUUCCCUGGUAGACAAUCAACGUAAUCGAGACCCUGUUUCUAUCCCUCUCCCGGGUUUGCUGAGUGACAAUGAGAACAACUAUCGACGUGAUCCGAAACCAUCUAUUGAGGACAAUACCGGGUAUGAUGCGAUCGGUUCCAUUCGAAGAAAGGAAGAAAGCUUUUAUCGCUUCAUCAACGCACAGCCUCUGCCCAUUCAACGAGGGAUAUUAGAUCCCGCCAAUCGAGAUCAAAGGUCAAGACGCCAAUUAGAUGAGACAUCUCCUCCGGAGAAAGAGAUCAGCUCCACAGACUCGUCAGAGCCAAUUAAUUGCAAUUGGAGCAUAAAGACUGAACCAGGCCUCUAUUUAUUGGUCACGUUCCACAAUUUGAGUGCUCCCUUCACAGUGGAUUGUCAAGGAGCUUAUAUCGAGGUUGAAAGAGAAAACAAUGGUUUUGAGGCCCGAUGGUGCGGUAAUAGGGUAACUCAGGGAGGAAGCCGACCUCAUGUGAUAUUUGCCAAGAACGAAGUAAGGAUCAGCGUUUUCGACGAUGGUUCCCUUGGGAAAGAAUUACCCACUGGAUUUUCAGCUGAUGUUGAAGUGAUCGACCUUUACGAUGGAGAACAGUAUUCGAAUCUCAGCAAGACCAAUGCAUACAGUAAUGUGAGGCUAUUAAAUGGAUGAGAAGGAGUAUUCCUAUUACGAUCGAGUCUCACGACAAUCACAUGAACACUUCAAAAUUGACGACUGAUUGGGCAUUCUCCUCUCAACAACUUUGCUUGGUGCUAUAGACCAUUACUUUCUUAAAUAGGGAUACUCAAACAAUAUUCGUUGUUCCAAUACUUUUGUAACUGUUGUUAACCAAUAAACUCAUUUAACUACGUAAA